GGAAAUGAUAGUCUCUUGAAAAUUAUUUAUACCAGCGUCUCCGACGCCAUUGCUUCCACAGAAUAUCCAAUCAAUCAUUCAGGAAUCAAGACACAGCAACAAACUACUUCUCACACUUCAAGCAUCAACCAAGACCUUCAAAGCAAAAACACCAUGAAGGUCGCAAGCUUCCUCGCGUUGGGCACCUGUGCCCUAGCCCUUCCCACGGGCGACGAGUUGAACAGCAAGCGCGCCCAAGACGUCGGCCAGGCUGCCGACGCGGCCGCUCAUACUCCCGGCUAUGGGCCUCCCUACGGCGAACCUCCCUAUGGAGCGUGGAAGCGCGAAGUUUCCGAGGAACAUGGCCCUGGAGGAGUCUGGAGAAGACAAGAUGAUGGCAAUGAGAACGAGGAGGAAGGGGACGACGGCAGUGUUAACCGCAAAGGCCAUCAGAGCCGUGAUAAUCCUCAUAUCUACGGCGGCCAUGGUGAUCCCCACAUCUACGGCGGCCAGGGUGAUCCCCACAUUCCUCCCGGCUACGGACGUCCUGGUCCUCAUGGUGGCCCUGGAGGAGUCUGGAGAAGACAAGAUGAUGGCAAUGAGAACGAGGAGGAAGGGGACGACGGCAGUGUUAACCGCAAAGGCCAUCAGAGCCGUGAUAAUCCUCAUAUCUACGGCGGCCAUGGUGAUCCCCACAUUCCCGGCGGCCAUGGUGGACACUGGAAGAAAGACCAGAACCAGGAGAGCAAUGGACCUGGCAACAAUGGCAACAAUGGCAACACUGGCAACAAUGGCAACAAUGGCAACAAUGGCAACAACGGUAACAAUGGCAACCACGGUCAAUAAGGAGGCUACAUUGGGCAAAAUUCCUCACCGGAUCAUUCACGAACCACCAAAACGGACGCUGGUACGGUCAGGGGAUGGCGUGUUUUGACAAUUUGACAUGUAUCUCAACCCUUUGUUGUCAUAUGAUAUGAGUGAUGUGGCUGGGUGGAUUAGGUAUAUGAUGCAGGAUCAUAGUUCGAAUAGCAGAACAGAUGGACUAUCC